GACGUUAGCCCACCAUCUGCCCGUAUGUUUGUGAAUGGCGGCGUUACGCGAGACGGCAGGAAUGCUAGCGGCUGUGUUUGCCCCUGUCUCCCGGUGAACCACGCUAAACAACCACGCCUCUAGAGUCACAACCACCAACGUACAAGUACACGGAACAAGAUGGCGCCGCGGUAUGAGUUAAGCACGUAACGUUCACGCCAGAAAAAGUGUGGAGAAAUUCGCGUCAUGUUGAAGAAAGAGACCGCUAUCUGAGAGACGCCUUCGGAAGAUUUCCCGAACGUUUUUGCCACCUGAGAAGCUGAAAUGUUUCCCUAUCUAACGUUACGUGGACUGCCUCACGUCUUUCUCAUCUUGUGGAUAUUCGGCUGGGCCGGUGGACAGAGCACAAUUUCCUCAGAUGCUGGUGUGAACUCAACCUCGGUGGCUGGUCCAUCAAGUUCAACCCUGCAGCCCUCGCCAAGUAGUCUAGAAAUGUCCACACAAUCAGCACUGACAUCAGCCAUGAGCUCGAACACUGCUGUGAGACCACAGGAUACGGUCUUGGAGACUGUGUCAUUGCAAACAUUGGAUCUCAGCACAUCUGAAUCAAGUCUGGCUGAUGGCAUGACGGCAACACCCCAGCUCAUCAGCUCACCAUCAGGAUCAUCGGUUUCCAUGAGCAGUGAUGACUUUGAAGGGUCAGGCUCUGACCUCCCCUUCCUCUCACAAACAGUCCCAGUGCUGACCCAAACUGCAUCAGCAACAUCACUACAACUGAGUCCAAGCCCAUCAUACAGUAUUGACUCUUUCAGUACAGUUGAGCCAUUAUCUUCCCUUGCCUCAACAGUUGCUGACACCUUGGGAUCGUCAGUUCCUUCUGCAACUGUAACACCAACUGUUGUCAUGACACCGUCAUUACAGCCCAGCCAAUCGUACAUCAUUGAUUCAUUCAGCCCUUCUUCAUCAUUGCAACUACUCAGCCUGACACCUUCAUAUACACCUGAUCUUGCUUCAUCUUUGUUGCCACUUCUAUCAACCAUAUCAGUACCUGUCCUGGAGUCCUCUCCAGGCUUUGAUGGGUCAGGGGAUGGACCAGCAACAGACUUGAUCUUCAGCUCCUCAGCCAGUGCAUCGAUAUCAAGUCAGACACCUUCCGUCAGCCUGGACUUUAUUACCCCAUCUUCAACACUUGGUACAUCCAUCCAGCCUUCAGCAAGUGUCUCACUCUCAGCACCAAAUGAUACGUCUGUCACCACCAGUUCCACAAUGGAGGCUACAACCAGUGUCACACCUGUGAUGACCCCACUGACUGUAUCCGUGUUUUCUUCUGUGGAGCCAACACCAACACCAGAAGGGUCAGGGGACUUUGAGACAUCACAAUUCCUCCAGCUGGAAUCAACCCCGAGCAUUGCCCUCAGUUCCAUUCCAACAUCAAUUUCAAGAGCCUCCUCUAGUGUCAGCAUACCAAUGACAGUUUCUAGUGGUAUGUCAGAAAUUUUGCUAACUCCUAGCUUCAGUAUGGACUUCCCUGCUUCAACAGCCUUUUUUGAGUCAACACAACAGUUUGAGGGGUCGGGGAUGUCUAUCACUGAAGCCUUUUCAGAAACCAUGACAUUCACACUAGCCACAAGUCUGGAUUCCCUGACUUCAACACCAGCAAUAUCACCAGUGAUGAGCUCAUCAACUCCAAUUGAAACUUCCACACCAGCUCUGUCUCCAUCACCACAGGAAACAGUCACACCAUCUUCAUCUUUGGAAGACAUUUCCUUACCUCCCUUCUCGGUGAUGUCCAGCAUGUUUGUGAGGUCCACAUCCUUUGGAGUCCUUCCCAGUUUUACUGUAGACCUGCUCCCCUCCAUGAGUACUGCUGCAGCCAGCCGCUCAGUAGGGUCUGUUGUAGUCAGCUCCACAGCAAGUGUGAUGUCAUCUGCCACAAGCGUAGUGUCCCAGCAAAGCUCAGUGGGAAUCUCAUCCAGCUCAGUUCAACCUGCAUCAUCAACUGCAGCAUCUCCAUCCCAGUCAGGGACUCCCACAUCGGCCCUACAGACCACAACACUAAUGUCAGCUUCACCCACGGAGUCAUCAGGAAGUGCUGUUCCCAGUUCUGUUGUACCAACAUUAUUGCCGGUGGCAUCUUCCCUGUCGUCCACUCAAGUUGCGUCGUCCACUCAAGCUGCGUCGUCCACUCAAGUCGUGUCGUCCACUCAAGUUGUGCUAUCCUUGACACAGAUCCCAAGUAUGAUAGCACCUUCUUCCACAGCAGUAGUGGUUAGCUCAUCAGCAGUUGUCACAACACAAAGCCCAACCACACAGGCUCAAACCACACAGGCUCAAACAACGUCAGCACCAACGACACAGGUACCAACAACUCGGGCUCCAACAACACAAGCACCUACAACACAAGCUCCAACGACUCAACGUCCUGCAGCUACAACAUUCAACUAUGUCACAGCAAAUCUAUCUGUGGAACUGGUGCUAACCUGGGUCAAUACAGUCCUGGUUAUCCCCGACACUGUUGACAUCACCAUAGUGCAGUUUUACUUCACCAUGGAGGCCAGGCUGGCACGAGCCUUUGCUAAGGCAAGGCAGAGAAAGGCUGGGAUGGACGUGGCACAGAACCCUAUCCUCAGGAGAAAACGAGCAGCAACAUUUGAGAAUGUUACUUGUCAGGUUAUAAAUGCCACGAGAGACAACUCCACAGGUAGAAAUGACCAUGUGACGUUGACGUACUACGUGAUGUACGAGGGGGCGGCCGUCCCAGCAUCACAGGCUGUGGCAGACCUGGCACUGCUGGAUGAGCAGGAGGUGGCCCUGCAGCUGGGGUAUUUCGUCGCUCAAACCGAAGAAUACCAGCCCGUUGCUGCUCCAGCCGACCCCAUGUACUGGAUCAUAGCAGCUGUGCUGGGGCCCCUCUUCAUUAUCAUCAUCAUUGUCAUCUGGCUGGUGUGCUGCUGCAAACGCACCAAGCGCACGGAAAUGGCACCGGACACGGUUGGCGAGCUGCAAAAGAAAGGAACACCACGGGGAGUUGCCCCAUCAGAGAUGGAGAAGAAGGUGAUGACGGACACCCUCAUCCCUCCUGGCUCCUACGUGGUGAAGGUACCGGCAGAGUCACGUGAUGCCCCGCCCCUGCCUGCACGACGCGGACAGCCUGCUCAACCCAGACGGUCUGCCAAGACUAAGGACAGGCGACAGAAGUCAUCCAAGCGCAGACACACAAAAAGUAGAAGAUCAACAGAAGAAUCAGAGGACAGUUCCUUCACAAGUGUGACAGAGCGGAGCAGCAAGCCCAGGUCCAAGAAAUCUCCAGAAUCCUUGCUGGAAUCUGACACUGGGGAUGACUUUCCAUCAGAUGCAGGCUCCAAGGCAGGGCUGUUUGAACACGUGGCCAAACUUUCGGCAGUUAUUGAGCCGACGCCCCAGAAGCCGGCCUCCCGUGCCUUCCACUCGUCGGUCCACCCCAUCAAGUUCCCGCCCCUCCGCACUCCCCUGGUCACAGACAGGCUCAGGGAGUCCAUCAAGGAAAACCAACAGCUGUCCCAGUCCAUGCGACAGAAGGCGGACAUUGAACACUGGCGAAACAAACAGCUCCAGAGGGAACGGUCGCUACGCAGGAAGCCGUCCUCACCCAGGGGAGGGUACGAACACACGGCGGUGGGAGAUACGAAGGACCAGCGGCGUGCGUACAAGAGAGCACAGCAACAGAUAGACUCAGUCCUGGAACCUAGCAGCCAGAUACCUGCACUACUGGAGCCAUCCAGAAGGAGGAGGAUGAAGCGGCCCCACAAGAGGCACGGCAGCCAUGACAUACAGGGGGUGACCUCGCCCCAUGACCCUGAGCUCGCCAUGCAGUUUGGGCAGCAGCCACAGGGUGUCUACAGGCCCAUGAACGGUGUGCCACCACUGGGGCCUCAGCCACCAAUGCCUGCUGAAUCUGAAGGACGGUCGGUAGAGGAUGAGUCCUACACUGAAAGUGACCCUGAGACCAUGCCGAUCAGUCAGGCGCGAGAGCGAAUUCACCAGCUACUAGAUGAGGCCUUCUCGCUCAUCUCGCCCAGCAUUGCCCCACGCAACUCUGUGGCCCCUGCUCCUAACGUCACGACAGUGCAGCCCGUCCAGAGCGCGCCGCAGUACGCACAGCCUGCUGCAUACAUGACGCCCCAGGCAGCCUACCCCCAGGAUGUCCGCACCCCCCAGGGCCCUGUCCCACCCCCGGCUCACGGUCGGGCGUCCACCGCUGGCCCACGGGCACGGAGGAGAUUCAACGGGCAGUCAGCCUCCAGCUCCGACAGGGAGCCAUCAGGAGAGCAGCCCCUGUUCACCCGCCAGCCCACGGUGGUGUUCAGUCCUGAGCAGUACCAGCAGGCAGCGGCAGGCAGGGCACCGGCACCUGACCCACGGGCACGAACAUCCCAGGCUGCCCCUGCCAGUGUAAACAUGGGCACCCCACAGCAGCCCCUGUUCGUGACCCCCGUGCAGCAGAGGCCGGAUGGGUCGGGUGGUGUCCUGUGGAGCCUGUACAACGCUGAGGAUGAGGUGGCCAAAAUGUCACCAACCAGAGAACCAACACCCCUCUCCCCAGAUGAUAUUGGUCCAUUAGAGUUCAGGUUACGGAAUACGGCGAGUCUACCUGGCGGUCUAGAUGCCUCCCCUUUCCUGUCUCGUCUCCAGUCCACCCCCAUGACCCGCACAUCCUCCCUCCCCAGUGUGACCCCUCCCCACCUCACCCCCUCCCAGACUACCACCUUCCCUGCACCCUCUCCAAUUGGGCAAUCAGGAUAUGGCAGUCCCUUCAUCGGCCAACCAGGGUCCAGCCCCAGCAGCCAACCAGGAAUGAGAACUCUUGGCCAAUCUGCAUUCACCCCAGUGAGAAGUUCCCCAGGCUCUGACCAAUCAGGAGCAGGAUCCAACCCUCCCAGCCAAUUAGAUGACAGCAGAUUGAGACCUGGACAGGAUCCAGAUGCAGAUGAGGUUGACAUUAUGAGUGGCAUCCGUACAGGGGAUUCUGCACAACCACUUAUACAGGCCAUCAAGGAGGAACUCAAAAGACUUUCUGGAAAGACACCAGUAACAACUUUAUAACUGACAAGUGUCUAGUGCUGGCUACAAUUAUCAAAGUUUUGUAGAAACGAAAUAUACGUAAUAUGCAUUGCUAACUAUAUUCUUGUAUUUUGUACAGACUUGAGGAUGUAAAAUGUUUCAACUCAUAGAUUGUAUAAGUGACCACUGUUUGUAGUUUGUUCCAAGAAAGUUUAAACAGUUUAUUACAUAUUGUGAUAGCUCUGUGAUGUUUUAGGCAGUGAGUAGAGAAUUUGAUAUUUACAGAUUCAUCACAUGUACAAUCCAGGCAACAAAAAAUAGGCACCAAGUCCUCUUUAAUGUUUAGAUGGCUUCAGUAUCUAUAGAUUUUUUUCAGGUUUCUGUAAGAACAGAGAUAAAAGUUUUGCUAACUAAGGGCACUGCAAAUUUUGUGACU